UUCAAACAGGGCAGACAGGCAGAGAGACAGCGAGUCGGACGGCCUGAGUGACGGCGGGGGGAAUUGAGCUCUGGACAAACCGCUGCACCGCACACUCCAAACAAGAACUGUUGUCUUUAGAGAGAGAGAGAGAGAGAAAACGGAGUGAAGAAAAGAAAGAAGCAGAGUCAUUGUGGAUCACUUUCAGGGGGAAUAUCCUGCACCACAACUUGUUUGUUUUCUCUUUUUUUCCCUCCCCUCCUCUCACAUCUCGAUGCUUUGCUUUGGGAUUUGUGCUCCAAAUCCAUCAAACUCGUCUCUCGAUCUGUCUCUCUGUCAUCUGAAGCAUUUUGAGUUGCUAAUCUUUUCCAGAACUUUACAACCCGACAAACUGACACAGACGUUUGCAGGAUCUCACUCGGACUAAAAAAAAAAAGAAAAGAAAGUUGAAUCCAAGCCCGGUUCUGGAAUGAAUUUAGCCGAGCCCAGCUUGUCCAGAGAGACUCUUCUGCAUGCGACCCGGAUGUCCCUCGGGGGCCCCUGGGCGUCCGGGACCCCGAGCCCCGCGUCGGACUCCGAGAUGGGUUUCGAGCAGAACCUCUCUGGGGACUGCAGCUCUCCUGAGAGCCUCGGAGUCAUGAGGAGGACGGAGCAGAGGAUUUCUCUGACGUCCGGCUCAGGGGGGAAGAGUCCGUCGGACCUGACCCCGACGGGGGGUGUGUCGGCGGGCUCAGUCGAUGGGAAGGCCGCGGGGGGCGAGCAGAGGAUCCGCAGGCCCAUGAACGCCUUCAUGGUCUGGGCUAAAGACGAGAGGAAGCGGCUGGCCGUGCAGAACCCUGACCUCCACAACGCCGUGCUCAGCAAGAUGCUCGGUCAGUCAUGGAAAGCCCUCAGUGCUACGGACAAGCGACCAUUUGUGGAGGAAGCAGAACGUCUCCGUGUCCAGCACCUCCAGGACCACCCAAACUACAAGUACAGGCCUCGCCGCAAGAAGACCACCAAGAAACUCAAACGCGUUGAACCGGGCCUUCUGCUUCACAGUUUAGCCCAAGGCGGGGCUCCAGGCCUGGGAUUAGGACCUGGAAUGAGUCCGUUGGGUGCGGACAAUUCUACUUAUGGACAUCCAGGUGCCCACCCUCAGCAUCACCAUCACUCCCAUCACCUGCUGCCUUCUCUUGGACACUUCAGGGACCUCCAGGCAACGGGACACCUAGAGCUGGAGAGCUAUGGCCUGCCCACUCCGGAGAUGUCCCCUCUGGAUAUUCUGGAAGAAGGAGCUGCUGGGGAGUCAGUGUUCUUCCCCCAGCAUGUGCAGGAGGACGCAGGGAUGGGAGGUUGGAGCGGGUACCAUCACCACCUCCACCAUCAUAACCAGCAUUACGGCCACAGUUACAACAACCACAGCCACCACAACUCCAUACAUGGUGCAGCAACGUACGGUCAGAGUUCAGGAAUGAGUGUUGGUGCAAGUUUAAGCACAAGUAUGAACUCUAAUUUGAGUCCAGGCAGAAGUCCCAGAGUUGACUCUAGAAUGAGUUCUGUUGAGUCAAACAUGUCCUCCAGAUUAAACCCUCCUCACGCCUCUGGUCAUCACAUUGCCUUAAGAAGUCCUGUAAAGUGCCAACCCCCUCUAUCUGAUUCCUCCUCCCCUGUUUCCUACACCCAGCCGUCCAUCAGCCUUCCUGAGCCGAUCAAAUCUCAACAAAUGCCAAAUCAAACCUCUUCUUCUUCUGGCUACUUCGGCCAGAUGUAUGGAAGCAGCAGUCUGAAUUCUGGGUACUACAUGCCCUCUCAGCUAGGGCAGCUUUCACCUCCUCCGGAGACUUCUUCUUCCUGCUCAUCGUCCUCAAUCCCUCCCUCAACCUUCCCUCCCUCUUUGCACUUAGAGCCCUCAAAUGCUGAGUCGUCUGGGCAUUUAGGGUCUUCCUCUGCUGAGUUUUGGUCCGAGGUGGAUAGGCAUGAAUUUGACCAGUAUGUAAAUGUUGGAAGGAAUCGAGAAGAGGUCUACGGACGUUGUGGGGGUGGGUCCAAAGUCAUGACUGGGCGCAGCGGUGUUGGUAGCAUAACCACCAGUGUUAACAGGGAUGUCAGUAGCAUUCUGAGCGGGGCUGGUGGUUGUGAAGAGGCAAGUAGUCCUCUAAUAUCUGCUCUUUCUGAUGCCAGCAGUGCUGUCUAUUACAGUGCCUGUAUCACUGGAUAAAUACUUUGUCAGCGCAUCUCUCGUUUAUACCUCCUUCUUACUGCACAGUUGGGAAUGGUUGAUUCAAACUGGUCGAUUGUUACAUGGUAGAGAGUGAAGGGAAGUUGUUGCUCAUACUUUUAGUCAAGCCAUUUUCAUGUCUUGCUUUUACCUUUUAGAUUCCAACUAUCAACUUAUAAAAGUUUAGGGUUUUUUUAAUGCUGAAAAGUAAGAUGGAAGUGAUUGGUUUUGUUCUACCAACUCUAACUGGAAUUGCUAACUGGAAAAUGGCAAACAAAGCACUUUUGACAAAGUAAACAUACUGGCUUAUUUUUAGGGUCAACUUAUACAUUCCUAGAAGUGAUAUUUUACAGUUAGUUUGCUAGCUAACCAGCUAUAUUUACAAUCCACAGGCUACAAGGGGUGGCUAGUGUAGACUAAGGUGUGUUAGCUUGCUAGCACUGGUUACCCUCUGACCAAUAGAAGCCAGCAGCAAAACCAUCUACGUUCAGUCGCUUAGCUAGUGUAGCUUUAGCUGGUGGUGUUAGUACACUUAAGGAAAGAAAACUCACCAUUUCAGUUGCGUAAUUCCAACAUUGAUUCUUUUUUUAUCAGUACAUUUUCAGGGUGUAAUAUUUGACUUUAAGUGCUUUAGGUGCGCCUCCAGUAAAAAGAAAAGAAAAUGAACUUAAGUAAGCUGAAGGCAGCUGGAGAGUACUUUAAAAUAGUACCAUGGUUUUAGAUUGUUAUCAAGGGUGCUAGUUUUUUUUGUUUUUGUUUUGCGUUAGCAGUGUUAAUGCUAUUAAACUGAGUCUUUGUGAAUAGCUGGAUACAUUUAUGACCCUUACAUUUUUCUGUGGUUAAAAAUGUUUCAGGGAUUACAAUAUCAGCAAAUGCUUGUCGUAGUUCAGUGCCAUGUUGUGUUUCUCUGCACUCUAACCCCCCUGGUGCCAGACGACAAGAAAACAAGCCUAUGCAAGCAAAAUGCACUGUGUAGUUCCUAACUAUGAAUUUCAAGAUCAUCUCAAAUAUUUUUUUUUUAAACAUGCAGGACCAAAUGAAUAUUCAUCUCAAUGAACUUAAUGACAUUUAGAAUAGUUAAUUUCAUAUAUAUAUAUAAUGGGAAUAUGAAAGACAAACUGUGGAGAGGAACAAAGACUGAAAAUAGUCUCUGGGAAGGACUUGAUCCAGCCUCCAAACCUUUAGCAGUGUUACGGGAAAGCCUUGGCAACAGACCCAGAGCAAACCACUGAUGUCUCCCACAAACUAUCAGGAUGUUUUACAAGCCGGGUCGGGUUCUCUCUGACCGUGAUACUCGCUGCUCCCGCUCAGUCGAACCGGUAGGGCCUCACGUCAAACUUCAUGCCAAAGCUUGCAAGUUUAAAUUUGCUUUUGGCUAAAAACACAGAUAUGUUAAAGAUUCAUAAAUCAUUCUUUCUAACCAGGAAGCCUCUCUGGUAUCACACGCACAUCACUUGUUUAAACAAAAUGUCUUUUUUUCAGAGUUAUUAAGGGUAAUUUUAUUCUACAAGUAUCAGAACAUUUGGUUCUAAAAGUUCAUAUUGGAACAAAACUGGUAGAUUAUAAAAACAGCGUCUUGUUAUAUCUAGAGUUUUAAAUUCAGCUUGUCCAAGGUCUGCCAAUUUAUGCAAAGCAACUUUAAACCUGAGGAAACUGGAAAGCUGUUUGACCAAAUUGAUCUAUUACUAAGUUUAAUUAAAACUUUGAAGGGUAAUGGUUCAUGUGCUGGGUUUUUAAUGUUUUUUCUUGUAGCUGUUUACUGUAUAUAUUGAUGCUAUGCCUGUUGGCAGUAUGUGAAGGAGAAAUUGAGACUAUGAAAUGUUCUCUUUGCACUGGGUUUAAAGUCUUAGCUGUAUAGAAGGAACACUACUUAUUAAAAGUUAAAUUUCUGUAAUUUUAAGUAUUUUGUUGUACAAAUAAGACUAUGUUUAUGUUGUUGUUUUAUGGAUUCUGUUUUUAUCAAUUUUAGGACUUUUUAUGAAUCAUGCCAACUCAGUCUCUUACUAAGAUUUAGAUGAGAAGGUUGAUACUGACCACUUGCUGAGUUUUUAAACUGUAACCAGGAGGCAGUUAGCCUAGCUUAGCAUUAAGACAGAAAUAAGACGUAGAGCUCUAGCUUGACAUUCUCCAAUAUUUAACAGAGCUGCACCUCUAAUACCUACAUAUCAAUUUGUUGAAUGUUGUUACUACAACUGUAAACAACAAUCAAAUUGUUGAAUGUUGUUACUACAACUGUAAACAAAGAUAAAUGUUUAAAAAUUAGUUUUUUGUACAGUUACUGCUCAUGCUGUUUUGUUACAUGAUGGUGUUACACUUUCUUACUCCCUCUCAAACUACAAAAACAUAAUUUUACCUGAAAGUAUUGUACAUGUAGUUGUUUAAGAUCAAUCUAAAUUUAACAACAAUGAGCAGAAUUUGAACCUUAUUCAGGUUUCCUGUUCUCCCGCUGCUUGCAGUCUUUGUGCUAAGAUAGAUUAAUUGCCUCCUUGCUAACAUUUUGUAUUUCAAACAUAACAGAUAUAAUGCCAUUCCAACAUGACUCUUGGCAAUAAAGUAAAAGUCCUUUAAAGAUUAUUUGAAUUAUUUGUUCCACUGAAAUGUGUUGUGUCAUGAUCUUGCCUCCCAGUAGAUCUCUACACUGCAAAAACUCAUAUCGUUGUAUGUUUGUCCAAAUUCUUGUCAGAAAUGUUUCAGUACACCUAAUGUAAGUCGCAUUCACCCGACAAGUCCAGAUAAUCAUCUUAUGUCAAGAUAUCAGUAUCUGUAUUGACUUAUAAAUAUAUUUGGAUCCACUAAUAUUCUUUUCUUAGAUAUGGCUGAACACUAAGGCCAUCAUUUGGUUGUAAUGUUUUUCAUCCACUACUCAAUUUUAAUCUGAGUGGGUUGCUUUUUGUUGUCUGUGUAUUGUAACAUUUUGUCUUGUUUUUUGGUCCUUUUCUGUCUUGUUGAAAUUUGUAAUCUGUUGGGAACACCUUGAAAUUGAAAUGAAUCAUCUCAACGAAGUUUGAAAUAAAAUUAAAAAAAACAAGGCCUGAAUUUCUUAGUAAAAAAAUAUCUGCAAACAAAAUGUACUGGUUAAGCCCCAUAAAUGAGAUUUACUAUCUGAAUUACUAAAUACGGUGAAUGUGGCUUAAAAUAAGUGCAAUGAGAUCUUUUUGACUAAUAAUUAGACAAAUACACUCGCUAAAAUGUGAGUUAUUUUUUUUGCAGUGUACUGGUCUUGAAUUAAUUACAGUGACAAUAGAAACGGGAAACCUUCCUUCCCACACCGUUUUUCUUUCACCUAAACAACUGGAAAUUCAAAUGCAAUCUUGUGGUUUUGUUUGUGCUGAGAAAAUAAAAAAAUCAACAGUUGUAUCCACUGCAGAGGCCUCUCUGGAUGUGUUUAUGUAGCAUCUAUCCUGUAAUAUUUUUGUCAACAGCGGGAGCUGAAAACAGACGCUUUACCAACAGGAUUCAUUCUGCAUCUGUAAUGCAUUAUUCUUGCAGACAACUUUUUUUUUUUUUUUUUUUUUUACAUGAAACAGUAGAACAAAAUCUGGUAUCUUGUAUAGUGAAACCAGUCCUUUUACCACACUGUUGUUUGUGGGUAAAAACAGAGAAACAGUAGAUUUUUCCGAACAUUUCCUCUGGAGGACAGAGCCGCAGAGAGAAGCAGCAGCUCAGAGAAAGUAUUAAAAAAAGAAAUACUUUUACAUCUGCAUUUGGCAUUCUUUUCUGUUGACACCAAACACAGUCUUGUUUCCAUUUUAAUUUACUGUGACACACAAAGAACAUCAGAGAGACAGACGCUUUUUUUUUAAGUCGUGCAAUAACUCUCAGGCUUUUGGUAAUAAUUAUCUUUAGAAAAAAAAAAUGAGGAUAAAAAUCAAAGGAUAUUUUUCUCAGCAGUCACAUAAUGACGAAUAAAAAGCAUGUUUUCCGAGAAGUGUCACUGCGGUGCUUCUAAAUCUGUCUGUCAGGGAUUAUAAAUGUAUUUUUCCGUAGUAAAUGGUUUUUGUUUGUGUUUAUUUGUAAGAAAAACGUGGGAUGGCUGUAAAUGCAUCUGUUCUGUUUUUAAAAAAUCAUUUCACAAAAUAAACACUUCUAAGAAUA